UUACACUUGUCAGAAUAGUUUGUCAGUUUUUGUAAACAUAUUAGUUACCAAUUUUAUGUAAUUAUAUUUAUGAGGCGCACAUUCUUUUUGAAAGCAACGCUAGCUGCGCAGCGCGACGGUAGAUGGUUUUCAUAUACUUGGGAUGCUUCCAUCUGACAAGUGAGCAAGAGCGUGCAAGUGAACUGAUGCUGUGGGGCAUGUUUUGUCGUCCACUGUGCGGGUGAAAAAUAAAAGUCCAAUAUCAGCCCAAUCCCUGUCUUCAGGGUCACAUUCAUUAUAUUACACACAAAGCAGAAUUGGCCCGGCUACAUCAGCAGAGCUCUUCAUCUCUGGAUCUUCAACUGGUCUUCGAGCCCCAGGGAAAGAUAUAAGACUGCAGGAGGGCAUACAACCUCAGCCGAAGAGGGGAGAAACAGCGAGAGAGACCCAAAGGAAACCAGGUGGAAUAAAGGAAGACUAGACCGACCGUGAAACCAGAAAGGGGAGAGAGAGGAACACUCUUGCUCAGCCAGGGUGUGUGCGUGCCACUGCACGUGUGUGUCGAGCAGUUGGGUCUUUGAUGGGACAGUGAGCGAUGCAUCACACACAACGACAGCAGGUUGACACCAUGGGGCAGCGCGCCCCUCUCCUCCUCCCCCUCCUCCUCCUGCUCCUCCUGUCCCAGCUCAGCGGAGCAGCAAUACACAUCCCUCCUAACUACCAAAUAAGUGAAUUUAAGCAGCCCCCAGUGAUCACCAACCAGCCAGAUUCCAUCACUGUGUUUGGAGUUGAAGAUAUCAGCCUGACCUGUGAAGCAUCGGGAAACCCUCCUCCUGAGUUCCGCUGGACCAAAGACGGGGAGGAGUUUAUUCCGGCCAAUGAUCCGGGUCUGUCGGUGACUCCAGGUUCCGGAAGCUUCGCGACCACAGGGGCGGGGUCAGGCCCCAUGAGCCAGUAUCAGGGAAAAUACAGCUGCUACGCUUCUAAUGAGCUUGGGACCGCUGUGUCUAACGAAGUUCAGCUCAUCGCGGAGAACCCACCGGCCCUCCAGAAGGAGAAGAAGGUGACCAAGAAGGUGGAGGAAGGGGAGAGCGUGGUUCUGAAAUGUAACCCUCCCUUCAGUACCGUUCCUCCUGUCAUUCACUGGAUGGACAGACACUUGCUUCACAUUAAGCUGAAUGACCGUGUGACUCAGGGCCGGGAUGGGAACCUCUACUUCGCCCACGUCACCGCCGCUGACAACCGCAACGACUACACGUGCAACGCCCAGUACAUGAACGCCCGGACCAUCCUCUCCAAGGAGCCCAUCACCCUGACCGUCACCACCUCUAACUCACUGGUGCGGAACCGAAGGCCCCUGAUGAUGAGACCCUCUGGGAGCCACAGCACUUACCACGCCCUCAGGGGGCAGAGCCUCGAACUAGAGUGCAUCGUCCAGGGCUUGCCCACCCCUACCAUCCAGUGGGUGAGGAAGGACGGUGAGCUGUCUGAGGUGCGUACCUCCAGAGUGCUGUCCGACCGCCUGCUGCGCUUCAGUAGCGUCUCAGAGAGCGACGCCGGAGAGUACCAGUGUACAGCCAGCAACCCACAGGGCAAAGCCAUACACACAUACACUGUCAGUGUGGAGGCGGCUCCAUACUGGACCAAGGAGCCAGUGAGCCAGCUAUACGCCCCAGGAGAGACCGUGAGGCUGGACUGUAAGGCGGACGGCAUCCCCUCUCCUGUCGUCUCCUGGAGCAUCAAUGGAAUCCCAAUCACAGGAAUAGACCCGGACCACAGGCGCUUAGUUCGUGACGGGGUACUCAUCCUGAAAGAUGUGGCGUUCGAUGACACUGCGGUCUACCAGUGUCAGGCCCACAACAAACACGGAACCAUCCUGGUCAACACCUACAUCUAUGUCAUCGAGCUUCCUCCUCAGAUCCUGACUGCUGAUGGACAGAUGUACACCUUCGUUGAGGGACAGAAAGCUCUACUCCCCUGUCAGACCUACGGCUCUCCCAGACCCAAAGUCACAUGGGAAGCGGAGAGUGGUGCUGUUCUAUUGGAUGAGCCCAGGGUUAAUCUGCUGACCAAUGGAACCCUGCAGGUAACAAACGUCUCCUCUGGCGACGAGGGCCUGUACACCUGCUCCGUUGUGAACAGCAACCUGUCAAUCAACGCAGAGCUGGAAGUGCUGAACAGGACAGUGAUCCUGUCCCCUCCCGGCCCCCUGCGUGUUCAACCUGGGAAUAGGGCCACCUUUUCCUGCCUGGCUCAGGUGGACUCUAAACUGACCCCCCCACACAUCCAAUGGAGGAAGGACGGACAGAAACUCUUCCAGUCAUCCUCUGAGGACAAGUUCACUUUUGAAGGUCCGUACCUGAUUGUGGCGAAUGUGCAGGCAGAGGAUGAAGGCCUUUACACCUGUCAGGUCAUCACCAGUCUGGACAUGGUUGAGGCCAGCGGGUCCAUCACUGUAGUUGACCGCCCAGACCCACCCACCAAGAUCCUUAUCUCAGACCAAAGGGACCGCAGUGUCACCCUUAGCUGGACCAUGGGUGACGACCAUAACAGUCCUGUCAUAGAAUCUGUGGUAGAGUUUGAGGAACAAAGAUUUAAGGAGUGGGGUUGGGAGGAGUUGAAACGUGUUACUGGAUCCAAAGAAAGUGUAACCCUAGACCUGCAGCCCUACCUGUCUUACCGCUUCCGGGUCAUCUCCGUCAACGAUAUCGGAAAGAGUGUCCCAAGCAUGCAAUCUGACCUUUACAGCCCCCCACCUCAAGCUCCAGACAAAAACCCAGAGGGUGUGAGGAGUAAUUCCACAGAACCAGACACCCUGGUCAUCACAUGGAAGGAGAUGGACAAGCGUGAGUUCAAUGGUCCAGAAUUCCACUACAGGGUGUUCUGGAGGAGGGUGGUAGGCGAUGGACCCACCUGGCACUCUAAUGUCACCAUUGAGCCACCAUACACCAUCACUGACGUGGGCAACUUCUCUGCCUUCGAAAUCAAAGUUCAGACUGCCAAUCAGGAAGGGGAGGGACCUGAGCCAGGCUCUGUCAUUGGCUACUCCGGAGAGGAUUUUCCCAUGGAGGCUCCUAUGGAUGUGGGCGUGAUGCUGCUCAACAGUACAGCCGUCACUGUGACCUGGGCGCCAGUGGACAAGGAGACAGUGAGAGGAAACCUGCUGGGAUACAAGAUCCACUUGAGGAGGUUUGGCUCCAGGAGCCACCAUCGAGGUCGCAGGGCCAGGGAGCCAGAGAGAAGCCUGGUGGUGGUGACGGGGCCCAACGAGGAGAAGAAGGUCCUUGGCGGUCUCACACCGUACUCUCACUAUGCCCUCACUGUCACUGUGUUCAACAACAAAGGAGAGGGGCCCCACUCUGAGACGCUGUCCUUCAAAACAGACGAAGGAGCUCCCGGCCCUCCUAUGUCCCUACACCUGGACAGCCCUUCAGAGACGGAGAUGACUCUGCAUUGGACACCUCCUGCCCAACCCAAUGGAGUCCUCAAAGGAUACAAGCUGCAGUAUCAACAGAUCGUGGAGAGUAACGACAGCCCAAUGCAGGAGGAGACCAUUGACAAUCAUACGGUUACCCAGCUGACCCUGAAGCAGCUGGACCCUCACAGCCGCUACCGAUUUUCCCUGCGGGGACGCACGUCGGCCGGGGACGGAGAGCCCAUCACCCGGGAGGGAGUCACUACGCUGGAUGGAGCUCCUCCCUCCAACAUCAUCAUGUCGCCAGGAGAGAAGUAUGUGAACCUGAGCUGGGUGCCUGGGCAGAGACACAGGAGUGUGGUCUUCCAAGUCCAAUACCUCAAGAAGCAAGGCAGUGGGAAGUGGCAGCAGACUGAGAAGGUGAACUCAUCUGCAUCAUUCUACCAGCUGAAGGGUCUGACCCCGGGGUCACAGUACCGCCUUCGCAUCCUGUUCAGCAACAACACCUUCUGGGACAAUGAGAUCAGCACUGGCGGAGCAGCGGAGAUGGAUGUCCGGGCCAGCUUUGCCACCCGGGGCUGGUUCAUUGGGCUCGUGAGCGCCACCGUUCUGCUAUUCCUGGUACUGCUCCUCCUCUGCUUCAUCAAGAGGAACAAAGGGGGGAGAUAUUCAGUUAAAGACAAGGAGGAGGGGCAGAUAGACUCAGAGGCACGCCCUAUGAAGGACGAAACAUUCGGGGAGUACAGCAGUCUUUGGACAAGAUCUCUGGAAAGCGACAACGAGGAAAAGCGGACGGCCAGCCAGCCUUCUCUGUGUGAUCAGAGCAAGCUGUGCACUAGCGAGGACCACCUGGACGGCUAUAAUGGCAGCAGCGCUGUCACCGAGGUGAACAUGGAGGACUCCCUGGUCAGCCAGUACAGCCGGCCGAGCGAAGCCACCCCGGACCUGGGCACCCUGCAGGACAGCUCCCCUCUGAAUCCCGGCGUCACCACUCCGACGCCCACCACCAAUGGCCUACCCAACUCGGCCGCCAUCUUAGAUUAGGCUGAAAAUAGUAGGGGCAGCCAUUUUAGAUUUAAGGCUACUCAAGGCAAUGGGACUGUCUGUAAAACACAUGUCGCCAAUAGCAAGACGCCAACUGCCCACACAGUCCCGGCUAUCUGUAGUAUGUCUGACCUCCAUUAAUAUCUCACUGACUAUAUGACCAGUAAACGUCUGGCCAUCAGAUCCAUCUGUGUUGUCCGGCGAUGUUAUCUCUCAACGGUCAGGCACGCUACUUCAGCUAAGAAGUCUGACUGUUGAUAAGACAGACCGACUGACUGACUGACUGACUGACAGACUGACACAUACCAACCUAAAGAUGUCCUUCUCUGUAUCUUCUCCAUAUAGUUUACUUAACAGCAUGUCUCAUUGACAAACUCCUCAAAUUCCCCACUCUCUCUCUCAUCCUCUGUAAAAAUCAUUGUGACAUAUCAGCCAGGGAGAGACAGGGUCAGGGACAACUUUGUAAAAAGCAGGAAGAGAAGCCAGAGUAAUUCAGGUAUGCUGGAACACAAACGUGUAGGGAAGCUGCGGGUACAUGGCAAGAGACUGGCUGACAGCACAACCUAAUGUGGGAGAAAAGGAAGGUCUUACAAAUGUGUUCAUCAUAUUUUAGAUUGUUUCGCAUGAUUUCAAAGUCAAUUGUUUUUGUUGGCAACAUCAUUUUCUAUGAUUGGUUUAUUUUUCUACUAGGUUUUAAUACGAAAAGUCAACAAAAUCUUUUGUUACUGCUGUUUUUUUUUUUAAAGGUUUUUCAUGAGGUUAUUCAUAUUUAGAGAUUUUCUUUCCCAGAUAAUCAUUAUUUCAAGAUAAUAAUUUUACCCUAGCCAGAUUUUCAUAUACUAUAAAUAAAUUGAAUGCAUAUGAGAAAGAAUUUGCUGUGAAAAUGCUGUACAGCAAACAAGCCAAUCUGUGUAUAUUUGUGCAUUACAUCUCUCUUUCUAGCCAUAUACAGUAUUAUAGAAAUACAUAUAGAUAUACAUAUUCAUUAUGAGUUCCAGUGCCUGCUGGUCCUCUACAUAGAGCACCAGAUACGUCCUUACUCUACCCUAUUCUACUCAACUCUAUACUCUCCGUUAUUAAACUCUGUACUCUACAAUCUAUUCUCUACGUUUUUCAACUCUGUACUAUCCACUCUGUUUUCUACACUUUUUGACUCUAUUCAACUCUGGACUCUCCACUCCAUUUUCUGCCCUAUUCUAUUCAACUCUGUACUCUUGACCCUAUUCAGUUCUGUACUCUCCACUCACUAGUUCAACUGUUUAUUCUACUCAAACCUAUACUCUAUUCUGCCCUAUUCUACUUAAAACUCCAUUAUACAAUUUUCUUCUAUUCCCUAUUCUGCUCUAUUCUCUCAUCUCUACUCUACUUUACUCUCGCCUUUUCACCAAAAGUGUGACGUCUUUAUCGUUAUAACAUUGUACUGUGUGUGUAGACCUCUUUGUGUACAAACUCUCUGUAUUGAUUCUGUCUGUGUCUCUUUCUACUGUGCAUUAAACUAUGUCAGCUAUUAAAAGUUAUCUUUCCCAUACCUCUUCAUGUCAUGACAUAACACAACUCCAUACUGCGAUCUGUGCUAGGGAGCAGCAUUACUAUAUAUUUACAGUUAGCAGGGAGUGAAAUGCACACAAACUCAUACAUACACAAAUGCACAAACACACACACACACACACACGAUAUUCAGGCCCUGAACAAUGCACGCUGGCAAUCCAAAACAGGCUUAACAGACUAUCAAAUUGGAAUGAAAAGCAAAUGUGUAGAUAGGUUGGUUUUUGCAUUCAAUGUAUGGAAUGUAUUAUUUGGGGCAAAAUGCCCCAAAAAGCAUAUUGAAUUAGACAUGAAACAGGAGAUGUGACAAGAAGCAGCAUAGGGAAAUAAGAAAAACGUCUGUAUUGGUAUUGAGUGAAGAAACAGAAAGAUUUUUGAAUUUCACUGAAUGUAAAUACAAUCCAAACAACUGUCUUAUCACUGAACUUGAUAAUAACGUGUUGGACUGUCAUAACUUUAUUUAAAAGUCAUUUUAUUUCAAUUGUUUAACAGAACUCAUGAAUAUAUAUUUUCCUGUGUGUUUACCAACAAUUACAGUGAUUUGGCUGUUUUAGAUUAUAAGGGGAAAAAACAUUAAAAGACAAAAAAAAAAUCCUCACCAUUCCUUGGAAGUUGCUUAUGCAAAACAACAAAAUAAAAGUAAAUUUUUUUUUUACUAGUGGUAGAAUUCGUAUGUGUUUUGGUUUUUGAUUGGUGAGAUCACAUUAUUUUAUUUUUACAUCAGAGAUUAAACCAGUAGCUACUGAAGUAGAAUCAAAAGCAACCCAGUAAAAGCUGAGGGUAAAGUGCAUGUUCUCCGUGUGCAUCCACCAGUCCUGACUUGUCUCUGAAAGCAGUGCAGUGAGUAUCUCAUGGCCAAGAGUCUGUGUACAGUCCGAAAAGCCAACAUAUUCCCCAUAUGGUGGACCACAUUUCUAACCGAGCCUGUGACGUGCAGGGCAGGUGCAAGUGCAGUGUGUGGUGAAUAGAGUGCAAACGGGCACAGUGUUUGUGCUGAGGUAGUGUGAUGAUUAGGCAGGGUGGAAGGUGGUGAGCCACGUUGUGAUAAAGCCUCAAGGGGGUGCAACAAGCUCUCAGCGCUCACGCCACUCAAACCAGCCCAGCGCCUCGUUCGGACGGGACAUUUGUUCCGUCGUGCCAGGCAAACUCAAACGGGGAGACCACUUGAAGCCAGUUCAGGACUGCAGACCGAGCUUUCAUUCGCGGUAACAGUGAGCGGUUGGGCUGUCACUGACACGCUCAGGACAAAAAGAAACCUAUUUUCAUACAGGAAUGAUAAAAUGACAAUAUUAAAAGACAGGCCAACUAUUCUGUCAAGACUGCGGUCUGCGUCUCCAACACCACCCUGUCACCUAUAAACUGCACUACAUUUGAGCAGAGCCCUAUGGGAAAAGAAGUGAACUACACAGGGAGUAUGGUAGGGUGCCAUUUGUCGUAACUAGCUGCUAACCCCCUGUAGUUGUUAAGGUGGGACUUCACAGUUGUUGUCAAGGUGUGAUGUCAGUUCUCGUCAAGGUGUGACGUCAGAUAUGGUCAGGAUGUGAUGUCAGUGGUCGUCAAGGUGUGACGUCAGAUAUGGUCAGGAUGUGAUGUCAGUGGUCGUCAAGGUGUGAUUAGCUUUGAAUGAGUCAAUUACUGGACACAGAUACUCACUUUACUGCCAGCCUGCCUGCCUUUUAACCCAUCUAUCUCGCUCUGCUUUGCUUUUUACGUAGUCGGUUAGGGUGACGUUGGAGCCAGGAUUUAGUGCUGCGUUUGUAACUUCCCAUCGGUUCCUUUCCUUUUCUUGUUUUUUUUUUAACGUACAACAGAAAAUCAAAUACAAAGUGAAUCAUUAUUUCAUAUAUUGUUAAAUGACAGCAACAGCUACUUUAGAUCCCAAAAUGUAUGGAUUUACAGUGUAUUUCACUGACUGUGGUGAGACAGAAUGCCUCUGUGGUGUGUUUUGGGGGUUAAACUAGUGUACUGUGGGAUUGAGGGUGCAGCGGUUCGCCCCAGACACGUUUGUGCCGAUCAGCCAGAUCCUACCUAUGGUUGCUAUUGGCGUGUAGCCGAGAGGGCGCGCUGGCACAACUAGAUCUGUGGUCGGACCGAUGUGUUCCUGUUGUUGGUUGAUUGAUGUUUGGGGGGGGGGGUACUAAAUGGACUGGGUAUUGUGCUGUAUGCUAUAGGUCCAAUGGCAUUGUAACUGUCUGCAUUAUCAGUCAGCCACUUGUAACUGAAUAUGUGACUAAUUAAUGAAAUAAAAAAACCUCUGAACAA